AUGAGUGAAUUAUCAUCGAGCCAAGAUAUAUCAUAUAUUUUAAAAGCGCAUUCACUUGUCAAAAAAGCACAAGAAUCAGAACAAUUGGGUUUAAUAGAAGAUGCUGUUGAAUACCAUACUCAAGCAUCAAACUAUUUCACCUUGGCGAUUAAACAAACAAAUAAUCAACAAACUAUAUCAGCGCUUAGAGUUCUUUCACAGAAUCAUUUUAAAAAAUCAAAUGACUUACGGAAUUCAAAAUUAAAUAAUUUAAAAAAUAUAAAUACAAACAAUAAUAUUAAUAAUUUCAACGACGAAGAUAAUGAUGAUACAACACCUCAUCUUUUAAUAUAUAAUGAUAAUAACAGUAAUAUCAAUACUUUAGAAAAUAAUAAUAUAAAUUUUAAUAAUAAUUUCAAUAUGUAUAAUAAUAUAAAUAUGAACAAUAAAAAUAAUAUAAAUAAUAACAAUAAUAAUAAUAAUACAAACUAUAACAUUGGUUUUAAUAAUAGUUAUAAUGAAAACUAUAACUACAAUUUAAGUUCCAGUAAUCCAAUUAACAUAAGCAAUAAUGUAAAUAAUAAUGAUUUAAAUCUCAACAAUAAUAAUAAUAAUAAUAGUAAUAAUAAUAAUAAUAAUGGUUCAAAUAACACAAAUAAUAAUAAUGUUGGCAGUUAUUCAAAUAGUUAUAAUAGUAUGUCAGAUAGUACAACUGAUUUAUCACAAAUCUCACCAAAUAGACUUGUAAACUAUAUUAACGAUAGUACCCUUGAAGAUAGUAUAUAUGACAAUGGAUUUUCAAACUCAAUUUUGCAAGGGGGAUAUUAUAUUUAUCCAGAGAAUGGCAAACCAAGAUUUCAUCAAGAAUCCAGUAGCUUACCAUCAAACUUUGGUUCAUCACCACAUUCAACCUUUUGGUUUGGUAUUGAAAAAUUAUUAGAUAUUUUACCAAAACCAAAUGUUUUUGGACUAAAUAAAUACAGCAACAAUCAUCAAGUUCACCAAAGAAAUAAAAGUACAGAUGAAAAAUCAUUAAUAAAUUCAUUUUUUAUUGUUGAUCCCUCAAAAAGAUUACCAAACACUAAUACAAGCAAUAACAUUACAAAUAAUUAUAGUAAUGGCAACUAUAAUAGCAAUAAUAACAACAAUAGUAAUAAUAACCCUAAUAAUAAUAAAUUAUUAAAUAUUAUAAACGAAGAUGAUGAAAAUAAUAACUAUAGACCAUCAUCUUCCCCAAACCAAAAAAGCAAUAGUUACAACAAUAAUAAUAUCAAAAAUAAUUUAAAUAAUAGUUUGGACAAUGACUUGGCAUCAAAACUUAAACAAGUUGAAAUAGAUUUGGUCAAUCACACAGUUGAAACAUUAUUGGAAGAGAACAAAAAUCUUAAACAAGAAAAUGAAUUUUUAAAAGAUAGAAUUAUGCAAUUCAGAAUUGAAAUCGAGAAAAAAACAAAUGCUAUUAGACAAAGUAAAGAUUCAGUUUCAACUCAGCAAAGAUACAAUAACAGACUAUCACAUUCAAUUUCACCAUCCCACGACAUCAACCAAUCUGUUAGUCUUCCAACCAAAACUUCAGCUUCUUUUUACCAAACAAACCUAUCAACUUUAGAAAGUAAUAAUAGUGCAUUUACAAACAACAGCGGUUUAAUGAAUGAAAUCAAACUCUUAAAAGAACAACUUGAGGAAAAAGAUAAAAUUAUUGAAUCUCAAAAGAAAAAAUGGGAUAAAUUGAUAGAAACUGCCAAAAAGAAAAGAGAAUUUAAUUCAUCAACAAAUUCAAAUACCCACUCCUCCAGUAGUUCUCCAUUAUCAAACAGUAUUCACGAACAACAAUAA